AUGUCGUUCGGCGUGCUCUAUACUCGCCCCUUUAACCCACGGUCCCUAGCAAUCCUCGCCGUGGCCAAGGCCAACGGCCUCCCCCUCGAGGUCAAAACCAUCACCUCGUCCAAGGAGGCCCCAGAAGAGUAUCUCAAACUGAAUCCUCUAGGGAAGAUCCCUACAUUCGCUGGGGCUGAUGGCUUCGUACUGACAGAGGCCAUUGCCAUCGCUACCUACGUGACUGCCCAGAAUGAAGAUACCACCCUCCUCGGCGUCUCGAAGAAAGACUACAGCUCCAUCCUCCGCUGGAUGGCCUUUGGGAUUACCGAGAUUCUCCCCACAUUGGGAGGCUGGUUCAACCCGCUGAUCGGUCGAGCGCCGUUUGUCCCAGACGCAAUCCAGAGAAGCAAGGAGGACACUCUGUUCCGGCUGCAGAUUCUAGACGGGCAUCUGCGCGACCGUGAGUAUCUGGUCGGGGAGGCUCUCACCCUGGCCGACCUGUUUGUCGUCGGCAUAGUUCAGGGCGCAUUUCGUUUCUUCCUUGACCCGGCCUGGCGCUCGGAGCAUCCUGGGGUUUCGGGGUGGUUUGCACGAGUUCAUUCGCUGCCUAUUGUCACUGAUGUAGCUGGAACUCCUGCUCUGGCUGAAGCUGAGAUGCCGAUUACACCUUCUAAGUGGAAUACCGAGGGCAAGGCAUAG